UUUGAAUUCGAUACACAAGUUUGAGGACCCUGUUUACCCUUUCUUCAAAUUAAAUCGCUACCUAAGAAAGGCAAUUAGGGUUCUUUAGAGAGUUCAAUUCAAUCACACUAAAAUUUCACUGAUCAAUCCAAUUUUAUGCAAAAUGGGAGCUUUAAAAUUGGAAAUUCCAGGUCCACAAACGGUUAAUGAAGUCGGAGUCGAUCCAGACCCGGAUUGGAGCUUUGAUUCGUUGUUAUCGGAGCUCAAUUCACUUGAAAACAAGCUUAAAAGCUCCUCCCAAUCUUCAUUUCAUUUCUCAACAUCACAAUCAAGAGGAUUUUCGACCGCGGAUAAGAGUUCGAGAGGUGCAUUUGUUAUGCGAGUUUCGGAUGAUGAGAUCGAGGAUUCUGAUAGUGAAGUCGAGAACGAAGAGAAGGGAGUGGCGAAAGGGUUUCGUUAUGAUGAUAUUUAUCUUUGUGAAAGUGACGAUUCUGAUUAUGAGUUCGUUCUUGAUUCUCAUACCUAUUUAAUGGAUGGAGCUGAAUUAGUGGAAAGUUCCCUGUUCGAACUAAGUCAGGAGCAUCAGCUCGGAGUUAAGGAGGAAAUCAGGAAUAAAAUCUCAGAAUUGGAGAUGGAAUUAGUGAGAGAUGGCGAAAAGUUUAGUUCUGCAUUGACCCGAGUUGAGAAGUAUAAAGAGGCAAGAAGAGAAUCUGACCGGAAAUUGCAUGCACAAUAUCAGCGUAAAAUUGCAGAAGCGCUGGAUAAUCACUUAACCAGUAUCCAGCGGGAUCAUGAAUUGAAAUCACAAGUGGAAGAAAGGAGAUUAAGAAGUGAUGCAGCUCAGGAAGACGCUAAAAGAAAGGAGAAGGCCUUGCAAGAAGAAAGGAUACGUCAAGAGAGAGUUAGAGUAGAAGCAGAGGCUAAACGCAAAGCUGAGGAAGCAAAAAGGGCUUCUUUAGAAGUAGAGGAAAGAGCAGCAAAGGAAGCUACUGAAAAGGAAGCUGCUGAAGCCUCAAAAAAGCAAGCUGCAGCAGUAUCACAACAGGAUAUUUCUGGACAGAAAAUAAAUGCAAGUUCAUCAAAUCAGGAUGUUAGUUCUCAAGGAUUUAUAUCUAAUGAAACAAAAAAAUCGCAAUUAACAGGAAACUCUGUCAUGGCUGCACAAAGUGUUCUUAGUAUAGAGCAGAAAAGGCUAGACAAGCUUAAAGCAUUAAAGGAACAAAACCAAUCAUUGAAGUUGAGAUUCAACGAGGAUUUCAGCAGUCAUGAAAGGCAUAUUGCUAGGUUGAUAAAAACAAUACGGGGGGCACAAGAGAAUGUUCGUACGAGGUCAAGUGAGCUAGUUGGGAUUUGCAAGACUUCUUCAUUCCCUCAACCAAUCAGCCUUGCAGCAUUUGCAACAUAUGCAACGAAGUUUGGAUCCCAGUCUGGAAUACCUGUUAGUGCUGUCUUUGCGUUUGCGCAUGUCAUUGUUGCAGUUACCUCACAGGUUCCACACUUAAUGGAUCUUCUUCUGGCUGAGUUUCACAAAGCUUGCAUCUAUACAGUCCCAAAGCAUAUAGCGUACUCAAAGUCAGCAUUUGAAUCGAGAGAGGCUUACAAGAAAACCAUUGGAUAUGAAGAACGGGACGGAAAGAUUGAAAGUACUAGUGAUUUUUUGAGUCGCUUAGAAUGCCACAUGAGACUCUAUGGCGCUUUAGUUCAGACAGAAGUCCGGGGUGUCCAGAAUACUCACGGUCCGAGAGAAGGCUGGGCAUGGCUUGCAAGAUUCUUAAAUAACCUUCCUGCCAAUAUAUUUACUGCUGUUGCAUUGAAGGCAUUUCUGACGACAGCGGGAUUUGUUCUUUUCAAGAAAUACAAAUCUCAGUUUGGGAAGAUGCUGAAUUACAUCUACACCGAUUUCUUAGCGGCGCUGAGGAAGCUGCAAGAUUCCGAGCUGAAUGCAACUAUAAUGGAGAUACAAUACUACAUAGAAGACAAGAAGUUUCUUCAAGAACCAGAAGGAUCGAGGCUCGAAGUUGAAUUGAGAUCAAGUACUUAUGGAGCAUGAGAUUUUGAUCUUGAUCUUAUGGUUUAAGCUAUAUUUUUCUUUUUGUAUUUUAGAUUCCCCUCUUAUAUUUGCAUUUUUGUAUCCAUUAUAAACUCUACAAAACAACAAUUUACAACAAAAACAUUGUGUAGAACCUUUAUUGUCUAAAAUAUAAAGAGACCCCGAGAAAUAGACAGGUGAA